CAGAUACAAUGUACAGUCAUAAGCGAGCGACGCAUACUGAAGACAUUUAUCCACAAUUUGUGUUUCGAGUUUUUAAUAAUGGACAGACAUCAUUCAUACUCACAAGUAAAAGGUGUCAGCACUGGCACCACCAUUCUCGCUGUGAAGUUCAAUGGAGGAGUUAUCAUUGGGUCUGACUCCAGAGCUUCUAUGGGAGAAUCUUAUGUGUCAUCCAAAACCAUCAACAAGCUGAUCCAAGUUCAUGAUCGAAUAUUCUGUUGCAUCGCUGGAUCACUGGCAGAUGCACAAGCUGUUACCAAAAUGGCCAAAUUCCAACUGUCUUUUCACAGUAUUCAGAUGGAAUCUCCUCCCUUGGUAAAAGCUGCAGCCUCCAUCAUGAGAGAACUUUGCUAUAGCAAUAAGGAAGAACUGCAGGCAGGCUUCAUCACUGCGGGCUGGGACAGGAAAAAGGGACCACAGAUAUACGUAGUGUCUUUGGGAGGAAUGCUGCUAAGUCAGCCUUUCACUAUUGGAGGAUCUGGGAGCACGUAUAUCUAUGGUUAUGUGGAUGCCAAAUUUAAGCCUGACAUGAGUUUAGAAGAGGCUACACAGUUUUCCAUAAAUGCUUUGGCUCUGGCUAUGGGUCGGGACAAUGUUAGUGGAGGUGUGGUUCACCUGGUUGUGAUCACUGAACCAGGAGUCAAGCAUAUAGUUGUUCCAGGAGAUAAACUGCCUAAGUUCCAUGAUGAAUAAAACAUAAAUAUUACCAGACUGGACGGUUCUACAAAUAUCACUACUUUGUGAUUUGAUGUGUGCAGAUUUAUUAUUUUGCUAAAAUGUAUUUCUCAUAUCUCUUUUGUUGUUCAUAAUAAAUAUAUAAAAAUGUUA